AUGGUAGCGGCAACAAUACGUAAGCAGUUCGAUCAGUCGACAGUUAUUACCAUUGCUCAUCGACUGAACACCAUCCUUGAUUAUGAUCGAGUAUUGGUAAUGGAAAAUGGUCGUGUUGUCGAGUUCGCUCCUCCUCAACAACUGCUUGCCGAUAGAAAUUCUAUAUUUUAUUCCAUGGCAUCCAGCGCUAACCUCAAUUAG